AUGGGGAAUUCUAGGAGUUGGCAGUCCCACAAGUCUUGGAAGCCUCCGGAAAAGCGGCAGCGCACCAUCGAAGACUUCAACAAAUUUUGCAGCUUCGUCCUGAGUUAUGCCGGGUACAUCCCCUCCAAAGAGGAGAAUGACUGGACACCGUCCAGCUCCAACUCGCCGCUGCGUCCGGAGAGCGUAGUGGAUAGCGAUGGCUGGGAAUCCACGCAGUCGGACCUGCACACCAUCGAGACCUUUGUGAAGAAGGCCAAGUCGUCGAAGAAGAAAGCCGCCUUCCGGCGCUUGAAAUCCGACAACUCCUUGCUGGAGAAGAUGAAGUUGAAGGACUCCCUUUUCGACCUGGACCCGGUGGGGAAGCAGCCGCCUCCGCUCGCCGGGCCCAAAGUCCCCGCCGAUCGGAAGAAGGACAAGCGGAGCCGGAAGGCUGCCUUGGAAGGCGGGGCCGCCAAGCGCAACCGGAGCGAGGUGGCGGUCGAGAAGCGUUCGCGCAUCAAAAAGAGCAAGAAGCGGAAGUUGAAACGGCCGGAGCGCAGCGAGAAGCCGAAAUACAAAACCUCCGUGAGCGAGACAGACUCGGAGGAGGAGGAGGAGGAAGAAGACGAGGAGGAAGAGGAAGAGGAGGAGGACGGAGCGGUUCCUCUGCGGCCGGGUGGGGAGGAGGAGGAGGGGGCGGGGGCGGCCACGGCACUGGUCUCGGCCCAGGCGCCGCCGGAGCUGCUGGCAACCGAUUUCCCCAUUAAGCUGGAGGACACGGAAGGGAAGGAGGGUAUCAGCCCGGAGACCAGCCAGGAUGGGGAAGGAAGCUCCAGCGAAGGCGAGAUGAGGGUCAUGGAUGAGGACAUCAUGGUGGAAUCAGGCGACGACUCGUGGGACCUCAUCACCUGCUACUGCCAGAAGCCCUUCGCCGGGCGGCCCAUGAUUGAAUGCAACCAGUGCGGCACCUGGAUCCACCUCUCCUGCGCCAAGAUCAAGAAGACCAACGUCCCCGACAUUUUCUUUUGCCAGAAAUGCAAAGAAAGCUCGCGGAAGCAGGCGCCGCCGGCCCCUCAGCCCCCCAUGGCACUCAGCGCGACGGCCCCGCCAGGGUCGCGGGCAGGCGGAGGGGAACCCUAGCACAGGAGUUGGGGGGGUGGGGGUGGCCUGUGGCUCUCGGGCUUUCGUCCUGUAGAGGGAGGGGAAAAUAAAAACCAGACUCUGGACAGGGAGCAUAGAGAGAAAGGGGAGGAUGCCGUGGUU